UACUGCACGUGUAUUUUUGUUUUGCUUUAUGAUAUUGCAUUGAAUUUGGCUUUAAUUUCGAGAAUAAAAUCAUGGGGGCCAAAAACAAAAAGGCCAGCUCCGAUGCGGUGUACGCGAAAAAGACGGUCAAGUCCUCCAAUCCAUUCGAUGCGUCCAACGAUCCGUCGAACAAGCGUGCCGGUAACCAGAAUCCCUUCGAUAUUCACGUGAACAAGGAGAAGUUCAAGAUUCUGGGCAGGAUUUGCAAGCAUGACAGAGGAAUGCCGGGAGUAUCAAGAGCCAAGGCUCUCCAGAAACGAGCCCAGACCCUGGGCCAGCAGUUUGCUGUGAAGCACAAGACCAACCGCUUUAAGGACAACCGGAUCGGGAAGCAUCUCAGUGCCGACCAGCUCACCGAGUCUGUCAUGAACGCCCGGUACCUGGCUGAAAAGAUGUCCCAGGUGCGCCAGUCGCAGAAGUCCGAGAAAUUCAAUCUGAACGACGAUGAGCUGCUCACACACAGAGGGCAAACGCUGGAGGAGAUCGAACAGUACAGGGACGAGCGUUCGGAUGAUGAAGAGCUUGACGAUGAGGGACUAGAUGCCGAGUUCACAUCGACUGCCCACUUUGGCGGCGAUGGAGAUGCUCCCCAAGAUCGACAAACGGCCAUCGAGGAGAUGAUCUCAGAGCAAAAGCGCCGCAAAAACGAAAUAGCAAAGGAAAAGGAUGAGGUCUACGAUCUGACAGAGAAGCUGGACGCCAACUACAAACUUCUGUUGCCCCUAGUGGCCAAGGCCACCAAGGAUGAGCAAGAGGCGAAGCCUCCUCCAGAUGCAUACGACAAGCUGCUCAAGGAGAUGAUCUUCGAGCCGAGAGGAAGUGUGACUGAUAAGCUUAUCAACCCGGAGGAGCUGGCCAAGCAGGAGGCGGAGCGACUGGAGAAGCUUGAGAAGGAGCGACUGCGGCGCAUGCGGGCUGACGGCGAGGAGGACGAGGAGGCGGAAGCAGCCAAGCCCAAGCAUCGCUCGGCGGAUGACCUCGACGAUGGUUACUUCCUAGCCGGCGGUGAAGAAGAGGUGGACGACACCCUGGCCUACGACUUGGACGGAAAUCUGGGAACUCAUCUGAAUGGCAAACAAAACGGAAAGGAGGGUUCUGAUAAUGAGGACGAUCAAAAUGAGGAAGAGGAAGGCGAUGCGGACGAAGAUGAAGAUUCCGACGAAGACAGUGACUCCGAGGUGGACAACCUUAGCGACCUUAAGGAGUCCGACAGUGAAUCGGAAGCGGAGGAAACGCCCCAGCCAAGCAAAAAGAAGGCCACGAAGACAGUGGAGAAAUCCCCAGCUGCUGUAGACACUAGCAUCCCCUUCACCAUCAAAAUGCCCAAGACCUACGAGGACUUUACCGAGCUUCUUUCCAAGCACGCUGCGCCGCAGCAGGCCACCAUCGUGGAAAGGAUCAUCAAGCGCAAUCAUCCCAAGCUGGAAGGAGUGAACCGGGAAAACGUGGUCAAGUUAUACUCCUUCCUGCUCCAAUACAUAAAGGACUUGUUCGAGGAUGCCAGUGAGCAAGAUAUCCAGGGGAACUUUCAACUUCUCUCCAAACUUAUGCCUCACCUGUAUGACUUGACCCAGUUAAAUCCGGAGAGAAUGUCCAAUACCUUGCUGGAGGUUAUUAAGGAAAAGUACGGAGAGUUCCAAAAGAACCACAAGACGUAUCCAACGCUGGACACUCUUGUGUACUUCAAACUAGUGGCCAACCUGUACUCCACAUCGGACUUUCGCCACCCAGUGGCUACGCCUUGCUUCAUAUUCAUGCAGCACAUCCUCUCCAGGGCGCGAGUGCGAACACGCCAGGAAAUUUCCAUGGGUCUCUUCCUGACAACGGUAGCCCUAGAAUUCGUUUCCCAGUCCAAGCGGAUACUGCCCGCCGUUUACAAUUUCCUGCAGGGUGUCCUGCACAUGUCCAUACCCAAGCGAGAUGUGGAGCAAAUAGAGGUGACUCCACCCUUUGAGAAGGAUGGCCCGUUAAGUAAGCUGUUGGCCCUGUCUUCUGGCAAAGAAACCAAGAAACUGGAGGCGCAGCCCCUCCAGGCGGCAGACUUGGUCACCCAAACGAUAACACCCGAUUUCAAAGUGCGGGCGCUGAACACAGCUCUCCUGCUGACAAAGGAGUCACUGGAGUUGGUCGAAGAGCAUGUGGGUGUCUGCUACUUAGCGAAGCCUUUCUCGGGCCUGCUCUCCCGCCUGCCACUGGAAUUCUAUCCCGAGCAUGUGCAGCUCAGCCACAAAGAAGCAACAGAGCUGGUCCAGAGGUUGGGCGAGCAAAAAAUGAAGCCUCUGGCACCUGCGGAGAGGAAGCCCAAGGCUCUGCGGCUGUUGGAGCCGCGGUUCGAGACGGUCUACGAUGACAAGCGGCGGCCAAAGAUGUCCAAGGCCAAGGAGGAGCGGGCCAAGUUGCUGCACAAGAUUAAGCGAGAGAAGAAGGGCGCCAUCCGAGAGAUCCGCAGAGACACCGCCUUUGUCCAAGAGCUCAAGCUCAAACAGACCCUUAGAAGCGACAAGGAGCGGCACGAGAAGGUCAAGCGCAUCUACCAGGAAGCGUCGCUGCAGCAGGGCGAGCUCAAUGAGCUGGCUCGGUCCAAGAAGAAAAAGAAGUUCUAGUUGUCCACCAACUAGGCUGAUUAAUUGUUGUUAGCUAAGCUAGACACUAAGCUUCCGAGAGUAAAGAGCGGCGGUGUGCUGCUUUUAUUUUAAAAUCA